AUGAAAAAAGGUCCAUAUCAAGCUCCAAAUCUAGGAGGAAAUAGCAAAAAAUCGAACUCUGUGUCGUCAGAAUAUUUUUCUCAAAGGUUUUUCGAACAAGAAUGCGACAGAAACAAGGAGGAAGAAACGUCUUCUACUGGAAGUUUAUUAAAAUCAUUCUUCCUCUUCCUCUCAUUCUCCUUUCCUUCUCCUUCUACAUAUCUUUUCAUUUUCCCCUCUUCUUCUUCUUCUUCAAAUUUUUCUCUCUUUUUCCUUUAUUUUCAUUCCUCUCUUCUCAGUCUUCCUUUUUUCUCAUUCUUCCUCUCUUGCAUUUUCCUUUUCUCAUUCUUCUUCUCUUAUAAUUCUCCCUUCCUUCUCAUUCUUCCUCUCGUUUUUUUAUUCUUCCUUCUUUCACAUUCUCUUUCUCUUCUCAGGUUUCCUCUCUUUUUCACUCUUCCUCUCUUUUCAAUCUUCUCUUCUCAUUCUUCCAAGUUUUUCAUUCUAAAUUCUUAUCUCAUCUUCAUGUACCCACAGAAACAAACUGGCAACAUCUGCAUUUUCUUUCAAAUAAAACAAGCCUCAUUUCAUUUCCUUCCUUCCUUCCUUCCUUCCUUCCUUCCUUCCUUCCUUCCUUCCUUCCUUCCUUCCUUUCUUUCUUUCUUUCUUUCUUUCUUUCUUCCUCCCUUCCUUGCUUCCUUUCAUCCAUUCAUUCAUUCAUUCCUAUCUAUCUUUCUGGUCUUUCCUCCUCCUUUAAUACAUACCUACUUAAAUACUUACAUACCUAGCAAUCUAUCUAUCUAUCUAUCUAUCUAUCUAUCUAUCUAUCUAUCUAUCUAUCUAUCUAAUGCACAAAUUUUUUUCUCUCAACAUUUUUAUUUCACAUUUACUUUCUUCCUUCUUUCUCGCUUUCUCUUCUCUGUCUUUCUUUUUUAUCUCCUUUCUCUUUCAAUAUCAUGA